UUCAACUUAUGAACAGGUUGUUCUUCUGUCAAAAAUCAAUCAUAAGAAGCUGGUAUCCUUUCUUGGUUAUUGUAUAUGUAAUGAAUCCAGAGACCUCAUGCUUGUCUUCGAGUAUAUGUCUGGAGGUUCCCUCAGUGAUAACCUUAACGAUCCAGAGGCACCAAAAUAUGCCCAACUAGAUUGGAAAACCAGGCUUAAAAUAGCUUUGGAUGCCGCACAAGGGCUGGAAUAUCUGCAUGUAGGUUGCACUCCAAAAAUUAUUCACAGGGAUGUCAAGACCUCCAACAUUCUUCUAGAUAGUAAUUUGAAUGGCAAACUGGCUGACUUCGGUCUUUCUAGAGUGACUGGAAAUGAUGAAACUUCUCAGAUCAAUACAGCUAUAAAAGGAACUCCUGGAUAUUUAGAUCCAAUGUAAUUAUUACAUGUCUGAUGUUUUUCUAAUUCUCAU